AUGGAUCCUCAACAGAGUCACCCUGGCAAGGGUGCAGCCUACCCAACAAAGUAUCGUCGAAACCAACCACGUUCCAAGAACGGAUGUCUUACUUGUCGGAGCAAACGCAAAAAGUGUGACGAGACAAAACCUCGUUGUACAUCUUGUGUUCGAUCCAACCAAACUUGUGUUUGGCCAAACAAGGAUGAACAGGAAUCACAGAACAGCUCAGCCGCAAGCACCUCAGAUUCUAGUCCCCCCAGUAUGGACCGGUUGAACAGGAAAGCCAAUAAAGCUGAUGCAAGACGACCUGCCGCCGAAGCCCAAACAUCCAUCACAGACCUCAAUAAUGCGAUGGAGUCAUUAUCCACAUCCUCAGAUGCAGAGAUCUUCCAAAGAUUUUUCUUUGACUGGGCAACGUCAGGAAACAUAUCUGGAGGUUACACAAUGAGUUGGUUUGCCAACUUGUUCAAAAUUUACACAGAUGCGAGUGUGGACAGUCUCGUACACAAAUCCAUAAACGCCUUGGCCCACGCAAGUUAUGGCCAACGAUUCAACUCACCUGAAGCACUAACCAAGGCAAAUACAUGGUACGGAAAAGCAAUCCAGAUGUUAAAAGUCAAACUGCUUUGCAUUGACGACUCAUCUUCAUAUUGUGAUGUCGUGUCAGCCAUUACUCUACUGGGGAUUUACGAGGGCUUGAUGCACGAAUCUAUCGCUCUCGAAGGUUCCUGGGUGUCCCAUAUGAGUGGAGCCUCCACGUUAUUAAGCAUUCGCGGGCAAGACAAGAUCAUCGAAUCUUCGGCAGAGUUCGAAGUUUCAGCUGUUUGCUUCUUGCAAAUGAUUUACAGCACCUUUCUCAGUGGCCAAACGCCUCCUAUUCCAUGGACAUCAGUGAACAAGUUGGCGUUACCAAAGCUGCCAGACUUCUACGCUCACAUAGAACUCAUUUACGAAGCUGCAUGCCAGUUUGCUGAGUGGAGAACCGCAUUACUUGACUACGAGUCUGAUGAGGGUUUGGAGAGGUUAUCAGAUGUCGCAAGCCGAGCGGCGAUGUUGGACAGGCGGUUUGAAGAAUGGUCUCAGACUGCAACUCCAUCGUUAAGUUACACCACGAAAUCACUACCUGGCGGACCACAUCCUGAAUGGUUGCAACCUUUGAUCAACAGCCCAUGGAGACCCCUCAACUAUCAUACUUACCCAACACUCAUGGUGCAAAUACUUUGGAGGUUCUAUUGGAUGUCUCGAAGUAUCAUCAACCAGGCACUUUUAUAUACAUACAACAUCCUCCAAGAACGUAAAGAAGCACUCGAUCCGAGUUUCCCUCGCCGAACAGAUAUUGAGGACAGUAUCUUGUCAUUCACGGAUCUAAUAUGCGAGUCUUGCAUCUCGACUUUCGUCAGUAUCUCCAAAGACAACCCGCAGAUGGAGGCUGAAAAAGUACCAACUCUAUUGGGCUACCUCAUCUUACAAGUCCUGCCAGCUCUUGGACUAUUAUAUGAGCAGGUUGUUUUUACUAGUGUUGAUAUUAUGGGUAGAAGAGAGUGGGCAGCCAAGAUGAGACAUUUUCUUAGGGUUAACUUUGGUAUUGCAAAGGGCAUUACUGCGAUUCCCCCUUCUCAUGUUGGAAAGAUCCCAAUUCAGACUUGGGGUCUUCCAGAUGAGCUUCCUCAUCAUAGAAAAUAA